UCUCCCCGCCUGAUGGAGAGCACUCUCCUCUGGGUUCUCCUAGCCCUGAGGCAUCAGCCGUGUUUGUUCAAAGCAUGUCCUUAACCUUGGGGAAUGAAGGCAAAGCAGUGUCCCUCACUCCCUUGUCUCCUUUGUCUUCAGAUUCAGGCUUGUGUGAGGUGGUAUCCUCCAUGAGCAUAACACCAGAUGAGUGCCCCCAUGUAGUUCUGAAAUCGUGGAAAUCUUGUCCAGAACCACCCAGCCCCAAUGGGCACCUUUCCAAUAGGUGUCCGUCCUCAGAGACAGACGUUCCCACCCCUUUACCACACAACUGUGAAGCCUCCACAGAGAAUGACUUCGGACAUGAAAACCAAGAGAACAGAUUGUUUCUUGAUACAGGAACUCGGUUGGGUGUUUGUCCAUCUGAGGAAGAGAGUGACAUGGAUUCUGUCAAUGUUUCAGUUUCCCAUGAUCAGAAGCCGGACCACAAUGGGAAAGAGAAUGUAGAAAACAAAGAAACUCACCUGCACAAAGGCAAAUCACAUAGUUUGGGGAAGGCACCUAAGCCACUUUCUGGCCCCCCUGGCCUCUCCCCCCGGGACCCUCCUUUCAAAACUGCGCUUCUACGAUGUCACUCCCUCCCACUGCCUCAGCGUAUGCCCUCUGGAUUGAACCAGACAACCUGGAGAAACUUGCCACCACAGCCGGCUGGGGUCACUGUACAGCCAGGACAUGUGGGCAACAGUGGAAGAAGGCUAACGAGACAUGCGUCCGAGGAGCUGCACGUCAACAUUUUGAUCAGUGGAGGUUCAAUCGUAAGCGCCGAGGCAGUAUGGGAUCACGUCACCAUGGCCGACCGGGAGUUGGCAUUUAAGGCAGGGGACGUCAUCAAGGUUCUUGAUGCCUCCAACAAGGACUGGUGGUGGGGACAAAUAGACGACGAGGAGGGAUGGUUUCCUGCCAGCUUUGUGAGGGUCGAACCCAACCCUCCUCAACCUCAAACAAAACAAGUUUUCUAUAUCAACCCUAUAGCAGCUCCAAGGUUCCAAAACACAGCUUCCAAGCUAUGGGUGAACCAGGAAGAUGGCGCUGUAGAGGCAGUGGAAGGCACCAGCGAGGUUCAGAACGGUCACCUGGACCCCAGCAACGACUGCUUGUGUCUGGGACGCCCACUCCAGAACCGGGACCAGAUGAGAGCCAACGUUAUCAAUGAGAUCAUGAGCACAGAGCGCCACUACAUCAAACACCUGAAGGAUAUCUGUGAGGGGUAUCUGAGGCAAUGCAAAAAGAGAAGAGACAUGUUCAAUGAUGAUCAGUUGAAGGUCAUAUUUGGGAAUAUUGAAGACAUCUACAGAUUUCAGAUGGGGUUUGUCCGGGAUCUUGAGAAGCAGUACAACACAGAGGAACCUCAUCUCAGUGAAAUCGGGCCUUGCUUCUUAGAACAUCAAGAUGGUUUCUGGAUCUAUUCGGAGUACUGCAACAACCACCUGGACGCCUGCAUGGAGCUGUCGAAGCUGAUGAAGGACGGCCGCUACCAGCAUUUCUUCGAGGCGUGCCGCCUCCUGCAGCAGAUGAUCGACAUCGCCAUCGACGGCUUCCUGCUGACGCCCGUGCAGAAGAUCUGCAAGUACCCGCUGCAGCUGGCGGAGCUGCUCAAGUACACCGUACAAGAGCACAGUGACUACCGUUACGUCGCAGCUGCCCUUGCUGUCAUGAGGAAUGUCACCCAGCAGAUCAAUGAACGCAAGAGGCGACUGGAGAACAUCGACAAAAUAGCACAGUGGCAGGCGUCUGUCCUGGACUGGGAGGGCGAUGACAUUUUGGAUAGAAGCUCUGAGCUGGUCUACACUGGAGAGAUGUCCUGGAUUUACCAGCCCUAUGGGAGGAGCCAGCAGAGGGUCUUUUUCCUGUUCGACCAUCAGAUGGUUCUGUGUAAAAAGGACUUGAUACGCAGGGACAUCCUGUACUACAAGGGCCGCAUCGACAUGGACAGGUAUGAGGUGAUUGACGCCGACGACGGUAGGGACGAUGACUUCAACGUCAGUGUGAAGAACGCUUUCAAACUACACAACAAGGACACCGAGGAGAUCCACCUCUUCCUGGCCAAGAAGCUGGAGGAGAAAAUCCGGUGGCUCAGGGCUUUCCACGAAGAGCGUAAAAUGGUGCAAGAAGACGAAAAAAUAGGGUUUGAAAUUUCUGAGUAUCAGAAGCGGCAAGCUGCAAUGACAGUGCGCAAGGUGACUAAGCAGAAAGGUGUAGGUCAAAACAGAUAUGUGCCCCCUUCAUACCCCCCUCCCCAGGACCCCAUGAAUCCAGGACAGUACAUGGUAGCAGACGGCUUGGCACAAUCGGAGGUGUUUGAAUUUAACGAACCCAAAAGGAGCCAGUCUCCCUUCUGGCAAAACUUCAGCAGGUUAACACCGUUUAAAAAGUAGGCGAAAUUAGACCUUUUUAGAUGGACCACCUUAUUUUUUGAGAAGCACUAUACUAAAAAUAACUUAAAAAUGACUCGCCCUGGGGGUAAAAAGGACCAAAGCUGUUUGGAUUGCUAUCGAUUUAUAAACAUCCGACUGACUGAGGACCAUGCUAUUAGCAUCACUUCUACUGUUACCUGUACUACUGCUACUACAACUAUUACUACUGCUACCACGACCACCAUGGUAAAAGAUUUUUGGAGCCUGAUAGAUCAGUAGACCAAAACACCUGCAUUUCUUGUAUUCUGUGUGGUCGUUUUGUUUUCUUGUGAACUUUGCCCUUUGGACUUGGGAAAAGAAAACACUGACAGCCGUUUUCCUUGGAGAGACCCUAGUUAUGGAAAGAUCACCAGUGGAAGGCGUAAAAAAAAGCACUAAUUAUUCCAAUAGUUGUGCCAUUCUGGGUGUUCCCUGUAGUGCACUGUGAUAUCAGUGGCCAUUUUUCUGCUGCUUCUAUCGUUUUAUCUAGGUUUUCUUUGGGGUGUCAGUAUUACCUAUGUGAAAGGCUGUUUCUGGCUGAUCAAAGCAAAGUUUAGACUGCCAUUACUUUUAGCGCAUAUUCUUUGAAUCUCCAGUGUUCUCCUGAUUGCUGCAUGAAGAGGUCCACUCAGCAGGUAUUCUAUGUGCAAUGAUAUUCUUACGGGUCAAGGGAAAAAAAAACAAAAACAACAACCCUAACUCCAGUUCAACACUGACAUACAUAAUGCUGUAGACAGGGUAUUGAUUCAUCUUGGACCACAGUUUUGUUGCAUGUUAUACAGGGAUUUCAGUUCAAGCAGAGAUUACCAUGUUUUUUGUUUGUUUGUUUAUUUUUAUUUUCUAUAUUGUGUCAGUUUACAACGUGUAUUGCCAAGGUGGGUUCUAAAGCUCUGAUUAUACUGAAUUCAGAUGUCAGUGAUUGUUAAUUGGUUUUUUAGCCUUUCUAGGCAUCAUUGUCAGCAAAACAAAACAUUCAUUGUGAGGAAGAGGCCUGAGGUUACAUAUCUGCUUAAGUGCAAAAGUGUUUAUUUUGUUUUACCAGGUUAACCAGUAUAUAGAAAUCUUUACUAAAAUGGAAUGAAAUGACUUAAUUGUGCACAGGACAUCAAGAAAUGAAUCUCCCAGAGCAAGACAAGAACAGAGCAAGGCACACUGAAUUCUGCUUUGUAUUGGGUAAAAUGAAUUUGGAAUGAAAUUUGGCAGCCUGGUUGUGGUGGUGCUAAGCCAACAUGGUUUGUGUUGGCAUUGGUGGAUGUCACCCAUUCAGCUAGCAUGCGCACUUCAUAGUUACUUUGUCUUACUUGAUUGCAUUGCCAUACUCUAUCCAGAGGUCAUCGUUUCAUGAAGUGACUUCAUCACAUUGCAUUACAUUUGCUUAGCAGACACUCUUAUCCAGGGUGCAACAGUAGCGCCAGACCCAGCAAUUGAACCUGCAGCCUGCAAGAAGCCCCGCUCCUUAUUAGUACGUCACACUGCGGCCCUUAGUCACACCACUCAGAAGAGAUACUUGUAGGAAGCAGAUGCUAUGUUCGCACUCCCUUCAUUCUCAUUAUACAUAAUGUAAUGUACACAAAACAAACAAUGCUUGGCCUUGCCAAUAGAAACCAAUUGAAUGACAUGCUCCCAAAGCACUCUUAGGCAAUCUCAGAAGGUUGUGUAUGGGAUGAGAUUACCUCAUGUGUUUUAUUCAUAACUCAUGAGAACCUUAGGAGUAGGGACAGGGUUUGACGUAUCAUCUUUGUGUGAUUUCGCCUUCAUUUGAAUAAUGGAUUUAAAAUUUUUACUUUGGCUCCUUGUGGAUUCAACAUUUUUUUGUUCGUUUCAAGCCAAAUUAAUCAGAAAUUCAAGCAGUGAAAAAAGUAGCAGUUCCCUCCAUUUAUUAUUUAAAGUGAUGGCAAAAUCUCCAAAGCAGGAUCGUGUUCUUCCCUAGACUAGAAUACUAUAUAGUUGGAAAUUUUGUUCAAACUCAGUACAGAAGACGCUGAUCCUGUCUAACAGUGCCUUGGAGCUCUUACGUUUCUGGUUGGUUUUGAGGUGUAGUGAGAUUCAGCGAUGCAGCCAAACCCUUGGUAAACUGACAUGCGUAGACGCUCUCUUUCCAGCUUCGCUGUUUGUGUAGCUUUGUUUAUUUGAACCACAUUGGUGGGCGGGUGCUGUUAUUAAAACAUGAUUCACCUACUCUGUUAUUUCAAAAGAUGCCUGAAUUGCAGUUUCUAACAUGAUGAUUAUUUCAGUUGCAGUUGUCAUGGUCCAUUGAGGUCAUUUUGAAAUGUUCAUGCUUAACUGCAUUAACUGCUACCAGAAUGAGGUUCUGAGCGGCACCUUAUCCGUAAUGUAACUGUGAUAGGUCUACAGAAUGCAUCCCAGAAACAUCACUGCUAGAUGAUCAUUUUUGGGAGAUGCUUUUCUUUUGCAGCUGUCAUUCAUUUGUGACGGUGUAUUAUAUAAUAGUAGCAAAAUAAUUUAAUUGUUAGUUAAUAUAUUUCAGCAGUCAUGUGGCAAAUUUGCAUUUUGAUUAUUUAGCAAGUAAUCAUAUGGCAGAUGUUUUGAAACCAUGAUUCCAGGGCCGUUAUUGUUGGGAUGUGUCAAAAAUGUAAUAUUUGCAGGGAUGGGUAGAUUUAAACUAGAGAAGUAGUGUUAGUCCUUUUGAUGUCAGACAUUUAAAAAUUCCAACCUCCAUGAGACUGAAACCUGUGUUAGAAUUACGUAAGUCUA